CGGCGGCGCGGGCGGCGGGCAGAGCAGCGGCGGCAUGCCGGGCGGCGGGGGGACGGCGGCGGGGGGCUCCGGGCAGGGCAACGGGGACACGGUGGCCAUGGUGGCGGCGGGCAACGGGCGGCGGCGGCGGGAGGGCCCCGCAGGGACGGAGGCGGCCGACGGCGAGCUGCGGGCCGCCGCAGUGCCCAUGCUGCCCGCUCUGGAGGUGGCCGAGGAGCCGGAGAAGGCGGCGGGAGGCAGGAGCAAGGACCCCAACACCUACAAAGUGCUGUCCCUGGUACUCUGUGUCUGCAUGUUAACGACAAUCCUAGGAUGUAUAUUUGGCCUGAAGCCGAGCUGUUCAAAAGAUGUGAAAACCUGCAAAGGCCGUUGCUUUGAAAGGUCUUUUGGAAGCUGCCGUUGUGAUAGAGAUUGCGUCAAGCACGGAAACUGCUGCUUAGAUUACCAGGAAACGUGCAUAGAACCAGCUCAUAUAUGGACCUGUAAUAAAUUCAGGUGUGGAGAGAAGAGGCAACCAGAAUAUCAUUGUUCCUGUGCAGAUGAUUGUGUGGAAAAAAAGGAUUGCUGUGUCAAUUAUAAUGCUGUUUGUAAAGGAGAGGCAAGCUGGGUUGAAGAAGAGUGUGAGGACAUUACUGAACCUCAGUGUCCAAAAGGAUUUACCAAAUCUCCGGUGCUACUGUUUUCAUUGGAUGGAUUCAGAGCAGAAUAUUUGCAGACGUGGGGUAGACUCCUACCUGUUAUUAGCAAAUUACAGAAAUGUGGAACAUAUACUUCCAGUAUGAGACCAGUGUAUCCUUCAAAAACCUUUCCCAAUCAUUACUCCGUCGUCACAGGACUGUAUCCUGAAUCUCAUGGUAUAAUUGAUAACAAGAUGUAUGACCUCAAAAGAAAUGCAUCCUUCACCCUUAGAAGUGAAGAGAAGUUUAAUCCACAGUGGUACCAAGGACAGCCUAUUUGGCUAACAGCUAUGUACCAAGGUCUGAAAGCUGGUACGUUCUUCUGGCCUGGAUCAGAUGUAGCAAUUGAUGGGACCUUUCCAAAUCUGUAUGAAAAGUACAAUAGCUCAAUCCCUUUUGAAGAAAGAGUGGUAACUGUUCUUCGCUGGCUGCAGUUACCUGAAGAUGAAAGACCACACUUUUACACUCUGUAUUUAGAAGAACCAGAUUCCUCAGGCCAUAAGUUUGGACCAGUAAGCAGCGGAGUCAUUUUGGCAUUACAGAGGGUGGACAACAUAGUUGGAAUGCUGAUGGAUGGUCUCAAACAGAUGAACUUGCAUAAGUGCCUGAACAUUAUUUUUAUAUCAGAUCAUGGAAUGGAAGCAGGGAGCUGCAGGAAAACAGCAUAUCUGAGCACCUACCUGGAUAAUGUUCAAGAUUUCAUAUUAGUACCUGGUCCUGCAGCUCGCCUUCGACCUAAUAAUGUUCCAGAUGAGUAUUUCUCUUUUAACUAUGAAGGCAUUGUCAGAAACCUCACAUGCAGAGAACCAAAUCAACCUUUCAAAGCUUAUAUGAAACAGCUUCUACCCAAGCGUUUCCAUUACGCCAACAAUGACCGGAUUGAACCAUUGCACUUUUACUUAAACUCCCAGUGGCAGCUUGCUAGGAAACCGUUUGAAAUUAAAAGUUGCACAGGUGGAUUCCAUGGUUCUGAUAAUCGCUUCCCCAGUAUGCAGGCUAUCUUCAUUGGUUUGGGACCAGGAUUCAAGUUUCGAACUCGGGUCGAUCCAUUUGAAAACAUUGAAGUAUAUAAUUUAAUGUGUGACUUGCUUGAUUUGAAACCAGCCCCAAACAAUGGAACCCAUGGACUGUUAAACCAUCUUUUAAGGAAUCCUGUUUACACCCCUCAGCAUCCCAAAGAAACUAUCCAUCCUUCUGAAUGCUCUGCUGUGGGACAAAGAACCUUUCCAAUGAGCCUUGGCUGCUCCUGCAGGACAGUGGGUUUGCCAGUAAGGGAUUUUCAGCAGCGUUUAAAUCUCACUGAAACAGAAGUUAAGAAGACAGAGAAACUUACUUUGCCCUAUGGACGGCCCAGAGUUCUGCAGAAGAGACUUAAUUACUGCCUACUUUACCAUUACCGCUAUGUAAAUGCGUACAGCAAGGACUACAGGAUGUCUUUGUGGAAUGCGUAUACCAUUAACAAAGAUGACAAAUGGCUUUCUGCGUCAGAAGAUAUCUCCAGCUGUUUACACAAGGAUGUUCGUAUUCCUUCAAAUCAUAACCAGACGUGUUCAUUUUACAACAGUCAUCCUCGGCUAUCUUAUGGAUUCCUUUCUCCUCCAAAUUUGAUGACAGAUGCAAAGAAACCUCACUAUGAUGCCUUGCUUACCAGCAACAUUGUGCCAAUGUAUCCUGCAUUUAAAGUGUUAUGGAACUACUUCCAUCAAUACCUGCUGCCUGAAUAUGCUGCAGCCAGAAAUGGUGUCAAUGUAGUCAGUGGUCCUGUGUUUGAUUAUGAUUUUGAUGGGCUGUAUGAUACCCCAGAAAAGGUGAAACGACACUGGGGUAACUCAGAAGUUCCUGUUCCAAGUCAUUUCUUCAUUGUACUGACUAGUUGUAAAAAUACUUCUGAAACUCCUCUGGAGUGUGAAGGGUCUCUAGAUGCCUUGUCUUUCAUUGUGCCUCACAGAGAAGACAACAGUGAAAGCUGCGCAGAUGACAAGUCUGAGUCUUUGUGGGUUGAAGAGAGAAUGAAGUUUCACACAGCUCGGGUCAGAGAUAUAGAAUUACUUACAGGACUCAGCUUCUAUCAAGACAGAAAACAGCCAGUAUCUGAGAUUUUACAGUUAAAAACAUAUUUACCAACUUUUGAAACGGUCUGAUUUUUCCUAUGGAAUGUUGUUGUCCAUUUCACAACUGAUCUGUAAAUAGACUGUUUUUAAUGAAUGAAAACAUUUUUUUUUAAAUAAGCUGGAACAUUUAUUGAGUUCUCUUGACCAAAAUGCCAGUAGGGAGGAGAGUGGGUGCCAUAUUUGUAUCUCAGGGACUCCUGAUGGACUCUGUAUAUAACACAGGAUGGCAGCUCCUGUCAUUCCCACUUGAAUGUGGUAAACCAUGUCCAUUAUUAAAUGUUAUUGGCAUUUGAUCAUCACAGUCUGAGACACAAACUAAAAAAAUAUCUUUUACAUGCACUGGAGGAGAGAUUUAUGAGGUAGGUGUUAUGAUCAAUACUUUAAAAGCAGAUAAUUAGCAAAUAUCUUACAGUUUGGGGGAAAUAACUAUGUUCUUGACCAUUGAAAUACAAACAGCAGCAGCACCUUUCUACUCCAGUUUUCCUUGAGGCAUGAAUUGCAUUCUGAGCGUUGUUUUGGUCUCAUAAAAUAAUGCAGCAUUGUAGUGCAAGAACCUAUAUUGAGGUUAGCAGUGAGACUGAUUCGUGAAACUUCCCCAGCAAGGAAUAGGCUCCUAGGUAGUGUUGGUAGCAGUGAAGUGUUGGUAUGAUGCUGCCCUCUAGCGUUGCCAACACUGGAGGAGAGUUUGAAGCGUAUUUUGCAUGUUGUAUAUGCAUCCUCAGAAGUAUUUUGAAUAUGAUGCAUCAAGUCACCUAAAAUUAGAAAAAAAAUCAGAAAGAUACCUGACCUCUCAGAAAUAAUUUUACAUCAAAUAUAAGUUUAAUUUGAAGUAAAAUAGAUUUUUUCCUAAAGCAAAGAUGCCUUUUUAGAUUUGGUAUAUGAUUAUGUCAUUUGUGGUUUUGAUUUUUUUUUUUUCCUCCAAGAAAAGGUAAUUUUGCACUAAGAUUGUUGCCUUAAAAUGGUAAUAUGAUCUUCUUUAAUGGCACAGAUUUUGCUUCUCAUCACUGCAGUAAAUGCCCACAGGCAGUUCAGUUGUCCAUUGGCAGCAAACAGCCAGAUCCUAGCUACAUUUUUAGCUGUCUCUUUAGUGCUACAUCAUCCAAAUUCCAGCUCACAUAAGUUACCUAUCUUGAAUGCAGACACUGCUAGAGGCAAAUCCUGAAGAAGCAUGUCAUGAGCUUUCUUGGAAGCUCUCAGGUCACACACACAGCUGCUACAGGCACUCAGAAGUGUAGAAACUCCCUCCUUUUCUAGUACACAUGCUCUUGCCUUUGUAAUUCUCCCACUGUCUCUAAAACUGACGAGCCAAAAUUGCCUCUGUUAUGUAUAAAGUUUGGCAUAAUCAAUUACACAUUUAUGUUCUUCUCAUUUUAAAAGAAAGAAAAUACAUCACGCACAAGUAUUUUAGAAAACUGAAGAGUCUGCGACUGAACAGAGAGAGGCAUUUGACCUUACAGUUUGGUCAGGGCAUAUUGGAAGCUGGAUUCAAAGCCUGCUGAAGUCAAUAGAAGCUUUCCCAUUAACUUCAGUUUGAGUGGGCUGACAUCCUGGGACCGUUUUUUUUUUCCUUUAACCAAGUGUAUUUUCUUGACCUUCUGUUACAAGCAUUUUUUUUCUAAAGUAGUUUCACUGUGUGAAAUUUAAAUGUGUUGUAGCAACCUCACAUGAUGACAUGACUGUGACAGCAUUAUUCAGUGUAACUGCUUUGUAAUGUUGCCCGUGACCAAUAAAAACAUCGGAUGAUGUAUGCU